GGGAGGUCUCAGCUGUGGCCCCCUGAGCUCCGUCCUUCACAUCAUAACCUGCCGACGUCUGGACUUCCAGCAUGGGCAGAGGGUUCGGUGCCGAGAAUGGCGGGAAGAGAAAGAAGAAGGACAGGGAUUUGGAUGAGCUGAAGAAGGAGGUGGCCUUGGAUGACCACAAAAUAGCUCUCGAUGACCUGGGAAAACGCUAUGGAGUGGACCUCACACGGGGCAUGACCAACGCCAGAGCCGUGGAGGUUCUGGCCAGGGACGGUCCAAACGCUCUGACUCCUCCUCCCACAACCCCGGAGUGGGUCAAGUUCUGCCGUCAGCUGUUCGGCGGCUUCUCUGUCCUGCUCUGGAUCGGUGCCAUCCUCUGUUUCCUGGCCUACAGCAUCCAGGUGGCCACUGAGGACGAGCCACCCAAUGACAACCUCUAUCUGGGCGUGGUGCUUUCAGCUGUGGUGAUCAUCACCGGCUGCUUCUCCUACUUCCAAGAAGCCAAGAGCUCUCGAAUCAUGGACUCCUUCAAAAAAAUGGUGCCACAGCAAGCCAUGGUGAUCCGGGAGGGGGAGAAGAUGCAGAUCAAUGCAGAGCUUGUGGUGCAGGGAGAUCUGGUGGAGAUCAAAGGGGGAGACCGCAUCCCAGCUGACCUUCGAGUGAUCUCCGCCAGCGGAUGCAAGGUGGACAACUCCUCUCUGACUGGAGAAUCGGAGCCUCAGACUCGCUCCCCAGAGUUCACCCACGACAAUCCUCUGGAGACUCGCAACAUCUGUUUCUUUUCCACCAACUGUGUCGAGGGUACGGCCCACGGCAUCGUGAUCGCUACCGGCGACCGAACCGUGAUGGGUCGCAUCGCCACUCUGGCAUCUGAGCUGGAGGUCCGUCGGACACCCAUCAACAUCGAGAUUGAACAUUUCAUCCAUAUCAUCACCGGCGUGGCUGUUUUCCUCGGCGUGAGCUUCUUCGUCCUGUCUCUCAUCCUGGGCUACACCUGGCUGGAGGCCGUCAUAUUUCUCAUUGGCAUCAUCGUAGCCAACGUGCCUGAGGGGCUGCUGGCUACUGUCACUGUGUGUCUGACUCUCACUGCCAAGCGAAUGGCCAAGAAGAACUGCCUGGUGAAGAACCUGGAGGCUGUAGAGACUCUCGGCUCCACCUCCACCAUCUGCUCCGACAAGACGGGCACGCUGACCCAGAACCGCAUGACGGUGGCCCACAUGUGGUUCGACAACCAAAUCCACGAGGCGGACACCACCGAGGACCAGACUGGUUCGGGUUUUGACAAGAGCUCUGGUACUUGGACUGCUCUGUCUCGCGUGGCUGGCCUGUGCAACAGAGCUGAUUUCAAAGCCGGACAGGAGAGCUUUCCCAUCCUGAUGAGGGAGACGGCGGGCGACGCAUCUGAGUCGGCUCUGUUGAAAUGCAUCGAGCUGUGCUGCGGCAACGUUCGUGACAUGAGAGCCAGAAACCCCAAAGUGGUCGAGAUCCCCUUCAACUCCACCAACAAGUACCAGCUCUCUGUGCAUGAAGUGGAGGACAAUCCCUCUGGUCACAUUCUGGUCAUGAAAGGAGCGCCAGAGAGAAUCUUGGACAGGUGCAGCACCAUUAUGAUCCAUGGCCAGGAGCACCCACUCGAUGAAAGCUGGAGAGACGCUUUCCAAAAUGCCUACAUGGAGCUGGGCGGACUGGGAGAAAGAGUGCUCGGCUUCUGCCACUUGAAUCUGUCUUCAUCCCAGUUCCCCCGAGGAUUCACCUUCGACGGCGACGACACGAACUUCCCCACCGAGCAGCUCUGCUUCCUGGGCCUCAUCUCCAUGAUUGAUCCGCCGCGUGCUGCUGUGCCUGACGCAGUGGGUAAAUGCCGCUCUGCUGGCAUCAAGGUGAUCAUGGUGACUGGGGACCACCCAAUCACAGCCAAGGCCAUCGCCAAAGGUGUGGGCAUCAUCUCUGAGGGCAACGAGACGGUGGAGGACAUCGCUGAGAGACUGAACAUCCCUCUGAGCCAAGUUAACCCCAGGGACGCCAAGGCCUGCGUGGUGCACGGCUCGGACCUGAAGGACAUGAGCGCCGAGUACCUGGACGACCUGCUGAGGAACCACACUGAGAUCGUGUUUGCUCGCACCUCUCCUCAGCAGAAGCUCAUCAUUGUGGAGGGCUGCCAGAGACAGGGGGCGAUCGUGGCAGUGACGGGCGACGGCGUCAAUGACUCUCCGGCGCUGAAGAAAGCCGACAUCGGCGUUGCCAUGGGGAUAGCCGGCUCCGAUGUGUCCAAGCAGGCGGCUGACAUGAUCCUGUUGGACGACAACUUUGCCUCCAUCGUCACUGGAGUGGAGGAGGGUCGCCUCAUCUUCGACAACUUGAAGAAAUCCAUCGCAUACACAUUAACCAGCAACAUCCCGGAGAUCUCGCCCUUCCUCCUCUUCAUCAUCGCCAGCGUUCCUCUUCCUCUGGGAACCGUCACCAUCCUCUGCAUUGACCUGGGAACUGACAUGGUUCCUGCCAUCUCAUUAGCUUACGAGACGGCGGAAAGCGACAUCAUGAAGCGACAGCCGAGAAACCCCAAGACGGACAAGCUGGUCAAUGAACGCCUCAUCAGCAUGGCAUACGGACAGAUAGGUAUGAUCCAGGCUCUGGGUGGUUUCUUCACCUACUUUGUGAUUUUGGCCGAGAACGGCUUCCGGCCAGAAACCCUGGUGGGCAUCCGCAUCAACUGGGACGACCGCGAGGUCAAUGACGUGGAGGACAGUUACGGGCAGCAGUGGACCUAUGAACAGAGGAAGAUCGUGGAGUUCACCUGCCACACGGCCUUCUUCAGCAGCAUCGUGGUCGUCCAGUGGGCCGAUCUGAUCAUCUGCAAGACCAGGAGGAACUCGCUCUUCCAGCAGGGCAUGAAGAACAGGAUCCUGAUCUUCGGCCUCUUCGUGGAGACUGCUCUGGCUGCCUUCCUCUCCUACUGCCCUGGGAUGGACGUGGCCCUGCGCAUGUACCCACUGAAGAUCCUGUGGUGGUUCUGCGCCUUCCCAUACAGCCUUCUGAUCUUCGUUUAUGAUGAGGUCCGUAAAUUCAUUCUGCGGCGGAGCCCAGGAGGUUGGGUGGAGCUGGAGACGUAUUAUUAACAUUCAGAAAAUGUCGGUUGCGGGUCCGCGUGUGCGUACACACAUGUGUGUGUUUGUUCGUCCUCGUGAGGGUGAGAGUGUGUGUGUGUGUGUGUGUGUGUGUCUGUCACUUGUAAUAUUGCAUGGAUCAGUUCACAAAUCUGAUUAUCAUAAAAAAUACUGCUGAAAAUAGGCUUUUGAUUGUAGCUCCGAGUUUUUCUCUUUCUAUCAGGAAACAUUUCCAGCAGAACAAUACUAUCGUGCACCUUUGUGCCUUACACAAACUGUUACCAAAGUGAUGCAUUGUGGGCCUGUCGGGCUAUAAAGGAAUAUCAAAUGUUGUUCAUCAUGUGAAAUUUACCAAAUAAAAUAAAUUCCAAAGUGUC